AGGCUCAAAAAUGAGGCCCGGCCAUCGUUCCCAAAUAUCGCUUUGCAUGGUGGGACAUUGCCGCGAUCGAAACCUGCGAUGAUUUCAUUGCGCCACCUGCACGCUGUCACCAAAGAGUGCAAGUGUUCAAAGCGUUUGCUGCAGGACCUUUACAGACGAGGUGGUCAUGAUGCGCAUGGUGCAAGGUUUGGUCGCGUUUUUGCGUUUCCGUGCAGCGGACCGCUGGGUUGCCUUGCGGGUGCUCGGCGCUUCUACGUUGAUAGCAUUGAUCGCACCGUUUCAGUGCAGACCUUAACAGAUCCCAUGGAAGUACUGGCAUUCAUGGAUCGGCACAAUGACGCGAACACAAGGACGUUUGAGGCCUCGUUGCGCUCUUUGGGCCGGCUGUCCGUUGGGGAACACUACAAAGCUGUGGUGGAAGACAAUCGAUUCCAUGCUAUCCUAAGCACCCUUGCAAGCCGCUUGGAGGAUUGCGAUGCCACGAUGUUGUCCAAGAUCUCUGAUGCCACCGCAAGGUUCCGCAGCUCCACCCCGGAGCUGGCGGACUUGGCGCAGCGCUUGGCGGAGGUGGCGCGGCAACGGGAGGAUACCUUCAGCCCACGCAAUCUGGCGAAUGUGGCCAUGGCUCUGUCCAUGCGCGGUGUCCGGGACGUGCCAACCGUCGAGUUCAUCCGGAAUGAGGCAUUGAAGCUGAUGGAUGACUUGGAACCUGCUCAUUGCAUUAUGCUGCUAGAAGCCUUCCGGCGAUGGGGCGUCUUUGAUCGACAGCUUGUGGAUUUGCUGGUUGAACGCAUGUCAGAUGAAGUGGAUCGAUUUACUACGCGAGAUUUGGUGGACGCCCUGGCCGUAAUUUCGCGCCUGGGCUUGGCACGGGGCUUUCUGCUCCGGCGGCUCUGUGGCCUGGCCUUUGAGAACCUGCGGCAGUUUAGUGCCCGGGAGUUGGCCAAGAUGUGCUACUCCUUGGCGCGGCUACGCUUCCUGGCCCAGAGCAACGUGGAUGAUUUGGUGGAGGCCAUGCGGCCGGAAAUGGAACGACUGGUUGGCUCCCAAAUCUCAGAGUUUCUGUUUGCCCUCGCGAUGGUCAAUGCUAGACACCAGCUGGACACGGCCCGCAUCCUUGCCGCUCAAUAUGUCGACAGUAUCGGAGGCAUUCCCAAGAUGAGUGGCGGCUCCCUCAUUGACUAUGCUUGGUCCCUGGUCGCUCUGGAUUUGGUCAGGGAGUUUGAAAAUGACUUCUCCGAAGCGCUGAAGGAAACCUUCACAAGGAACCCUCCGCAGAACCGUACACCUUUAUUGAAAUUAUUUGACGUGAUUUGUGCACUCGAGCUGGAGUACAAGGAUCUGAAUAUCCCGGUGGCUUCCAGCUGGAAAGCUGCUUGCGAUGAUGCCGAUCGUUAUGAGAUGGAUCGCCUAGAGUCUUCCAGACUCCACAAUGAGGUGAUGAUGCGCUUCGAUCAGUUGCGGGGCUCCAGCAAUGGCGUCCGAUGGAAGUUGCAAAUGCAAAGGAACUCCAGCUGUGGACCUUAUCGGGUGGACAUGCUGGAUCAAGAGACAAAGCUAGCCGUUGAUUUGGAGAUUGUGAGUUGGCCCACGGCACGUCAUGUGAAACAUCGGCUACUUGAAGCUCAGGGCUACCGCAUGGUGAACCUUCAGUAUUGGGAUUGGCGCCGCGCCAGGACCGAGGAGGAUCAAAACCUCUUCCUGGAGCGCGAGGUCACACGCGUGCUGGAGUCCAACCCGCUGCCAGCUUCAGAGAAGCUGAUCGAAUGAGCAGAUCCGAUUCGGUUGGAGGAAAAAAAA